CUUCGCUGGCACUGCAAUUAAUUUUCUACAACCGCAUAUACCGUUGAUGCCACAAGCGUUGCAGAUCAAGAUUGUUGGCCGCUCAUUUACGUGAUGGGGCUCGCUUCCGCCGGGAAUGAUAACUGGGCGUCUCUCACUAACUCCUCAUGUAGUCUGUCCAUCAGUCCUUCCAUCACGGCUUUGACGGCUUGUCCUCCGACUCUCAUGUCCGCCUAAUUCUCCUCCUGGUUCAGGUUCUGCGUGCUUGUUUUCGACGCAACGAUGGAUUUCUCUCCAGCGCGGCCGCCCGCAGUCCAAUCACCAACUACAGGAACGGUUCGCACUCGCCCGCCACCUCCAAUGGGCCCCCGCAAUCCCAAGUCCACGCAGAAGGCUGCCGUUGUACCUGUCGAUUUGGGUAAGACGAUGUUGGAAGAAGCGACCCCGGCAUAUUCGAGUCCACGCGUCUCAACCUGGACUCCCUCUCAGGAUGCUGCAUCAGAAUCUGGCUCAUCACGGCAGAGUACUUCGAGCACACACUUCAGGCAUGGAACUGCAGGAGGAGAUCCUCCGCCGGCACGUAUCCCCACCCCUGCCUCCCCAGCGGUGAAGAUUAUCAGGAAGAUUCCGACGUUGAUCCUUCCACCGUCCGUGAAUUUCGACUCGACGCCUGUCCUGUGGCGCGGCAUGACCCUCCAAGCUGCUCAGUGGAGUCUUACGUCCAAACAACUGCAAGAGAUUGUUUCGACUGCCAUCAAAGCAUCAGCGCAGGAGUCCUUCAUUCGCCUAAUGCCGCUGCAUGUACUAGAGGGUGAGAUCGCGGAGGAGGUCACGCGCUUAGAAUCGCUUAGGGCGAAAAUGCAAGCGCAGUACCGGUUUAAUAUGCAGAGGCGGAUGAUGUUGCUGCAGUCGCUGAAUGUGCUGUCAUUUGCGGACUCUACGGACGCAGGUGAUCGCGAAGCGCUGGCGAAUAUGACAACGCAGUUAUCCGAGGUUACCGCUGCUUGCGAUCGGCUCAUGGAAACUCUGCUCACGAUUUCAGACCAGCGCGCACAGAUCCAGCGGAUUCAGGAUGUCCACACUGCGUCUGCGCUGGCAAUGGCGCUCAGGAAACUCAAUGCAUCAUACGGGAAGCGCGCUGUGGAGCUGAAGGAGGCUCGAUCAAAGAUCUCAGAGCUGCAGGAGGAGCUUGAGGAGGCUUGGCAGGUCGCGGAGGAGAUGGCACAGGAGAUGGACGACCUCGACAACUUCGACUUUGGGUAUCCAGACGAGCAGUACGAUGAUGUCAGCGCUGUGGUGGGCGACGCCUUCACAGAACGGAGCGUGCUCGUUGGGGAUUCCGUCACGGAGCGCAGCGUACAGCUCGCUCAGGUCGUUGGAGUCACCGCGACUGCAGUCGCAAGCAAGGCGACGUAUGCGAAUGUGCAGUACAAUCAGCCUCCACCACCGGUAGCUGACAGGGUGAAUCGUGUGCAAGCCGCACGCCGACGAAGCGUGCGUACGUCGAGGGCGAGCCUGAGGAUUGCACGAACGCCGUCUGCUUCGGGCGAGCGGCCAUCUGGACCGUUGCGCAGAGCGCAGAGCCGGAGUCACAGCGUGCGGCGGGCCGCUUCCAGCUCAGAAGGCGUCCCGCGGGUCCCCAUCAUUCACAUAGAUACAGUGGGAUACAAGGGCGGCUCGUUCCUGGAGUUGUCAGAAACGAGGCCGACAACGCCGGCGACGGCUGCAGCUGUAAGCCCAACCCUGCCCCCUCCUCUUCCGCAAUUCGCACCAAAGAGGAACACCCUGGAGGUGCCUGCCCCAUCACCGAACCCCACCAUCCCGUCACCUGGAUUCGACCGGACUAUCAUACCCCCACUCAUCAUGCAUCGAUCAAAAGACGACAUGGAUUACCAAACGCUACACGAACGACAGCAGGCAUCGCGACGCGUCAAGUCGUUGCAGCCACGAUCGCGCACGAAUCCGCUGCCGGACGAUCUUUCAAACGCGCUCCGCGGCACGACGUCUGAGCGACGGAGGCUCGACUGGUCGAUGGCGGAGAGACCAAAACCGAGACGGUAUUCAGUGCCGGUAAAAGCCGCGCGCCUUACGUCGCAGCCAGUGCAAGCACAGGCCAGGGACGCUGUUGGCCAGCCUGCGGCUGCUCCAUAACGCGAUUUCAUCAUCUAACGAACACUUGCUGUAUCUAUUAUAUUACUUCUUAGAUUGAUAAUGUCUUCUGCUGACUCCCUGACAUAUAUUGUCCGAUAUCCUGACCAGCCGAUAUAUGUAUCCCUUGACGAGUUUGGAUCGGUUUGUGCUAUCCCUAUCUGUAUUGUAUGCUAUCAUGGGACAGUAAUGCUUUGGAGACAUUGGAGCAGCCUACUUGUUGUCCACAUGUAUCGUACGACAAGCGAAUUCCGAUGUCGCAGCUGCUCUGCAGUUGUCUGAUCAAGUAUGCCAC